UUUAAUUUAUAAACAAGGGUUUUGUACAUAGAGAAAUAGAGAAAUCUUUGUAUGAAAACUGUGGUUAUACCUACGUUAGUUUCUAAUUUUUGUAUACAUAAUAUAAAUAUUUUAUCUUCAAUUUAUAUUUUAAAUUAAACAUAAGGCUAUUUUACUUUAACUAUUUUAUUAAUCGACCAUCAAAAUUAAAAUGGGUGUUCCAAAGUUCACUAGAUUUAUUUGCGAGAGAUAUCCUUGUAUCAUUGAACUGCUAAACGAAUAUCAGAUUCCUGAAUUUGAUCAUCUAUAUUUGGAUAUGAAUGGAAUAAUACACAACUGUUCACAUCCAAAUAAUGCUAAUGCCCAUUUUCGUAUUACUGAAGAAACUAUUUUUAAAAAUAUAUUUCAUUAUGUAGAUACAUUGUUUCGUACUAUUAAACCGCAAAAAGUAUUUUUUUUGGCGGUUGAUGGUGUGGCUCCACGGGCAAAAAUUAAUCAACAAAGAGGAAGACGUUUUCGAUCAGCUAAAGAUGCUGAAAUAGCAGAAGCUAAAGCUCUUGCAAAAGGUGAAAAGCUGCCUGAGGAAUCUCGAUUCGAUUCUAAUUGUAUAACUCCAGGAACACUGUUUAUGGCUAAACUUACAGAACAAUUAAAAUAUUUUGUGCAGUAUAAAAUUUCUACAGACAAGUGUUGGCAAAAAUGCAAAAUUAUUUUAAGUGGGCCUGAGGUCCCAGGCGAAGGAGAACAUAAAAUAAUGGAUUAUGUAAGAUAUAGGAAAUCACAACCAGAUUAUAAUCCCAAUAUUCGCCACUGUUUUUAUGGUCUAGAUGCAGAUCUUAUAAUGCUAAGUUUGUGUACUCAUGAACCUCACUUCGCAGUAUUAAGAGAAGAAGUGAAAUAUUCGAAACACGAUCAAGCUAAAUCUAUAGAAAAAACGAAAUUUUGUUUGCUCUAUAUAUCUCUACUUCGUGAAUACAUGGAACAUGAGUUUGAAUCAAUGAAGGAUAAACUUCCGUUUCCAUUUGAUCUAGAAAAAAUAAUAGACGACUGGAUUUUAAUGGGUUUUUUAGUGGGUAACGACUUUAUACCCCAUUUACCAAAUCUUCACAUUGCUAAUGGAGCAUUAUCAGUAUUAAGUCAUGUUUAUAUGAAAAUUUUGCCAACGUUAGAUGGAUAUAUAAAUGAAGCUGGAACUUUAAACCUUGAGAGAUUUGAAAAGUUUAUGGAAGAACUUGCAGUAAUUGAUUUAGAACAUUUUACAGAACAUUUAGCAGACUUAAAAUAUUUUGAAACUAAGACUGGUCGACGCCCGAAUGAACAUGAACGUAUGAAUUAUAAAAAAUCUAAAGAUUCUGAAGAGGAGUCUUCAAAGACUGUAAACAAAGCUUUAGAUGCAUUAAUUCAAGCAACAGAAGAAAUUUUAUUAGAUAAUUCUGACGAUGAUGAAAAUGAAUCAGAUACUGAAAGUGAAAUGAAUAAUUAUGAAUUUUUAUUGCAUAAACAAGAUUACUAUAUGACAAAGUUUGAAUAUCAGAAUGUAGAUGCUGAUGUAAUGCGUUCUCAAGCUGAAGCAUAUGUUACAGCGAUUCAGUGGAAUUUAAAUUACUAUUAUAAUGGGUGUUGUAGUUGGUCCUGGUAUUAUCCUCAUCACUAUGCACCUUAUAUAUCAGAUAUAAAAGGAUUUAAAGAUUUGAAAUUUGAUUUUGAUCUUGGAAAACCAUUUUUACCAUUUCAACAAUUGUUGGCAGUUUUGCCAGCAGCAAGUAAAGCAUUGUUACCUGAAGCUUAUCAAAGUUUGUUAACAGAGGAGCAGUCUCCAAUUAUAGAUUAUUAUCCGGAAGAGUUUCGAACAGAUUUAAAUGAAAAAAAACAAGAUUGGGAAGCAGUAGUACUAAUUCCAUUUAUCAAUGAAGAUAAAUUAAUCAAAGCAAUGGAGCCUUACAAUCAUAAAUUAACUGCUGAAGAACGUAAAAGAAAUCAACAUGGUCCCAUGAACAUUUUUUCUUACUCUGAAAUAGCAUGUGGAACUAUUAUUGCACCCGAUUAUUUUCCAAGUAUAGAAAAUUAUGCUAAAGCAUUUCAAAUAGUUCCAUCAGAAAUAUAUGUGCCAAAAGAAAAACUAGUUAAGGGUUUAUGCAAAGGUGUAAAGCUCCAUGUUUAUUACUCCGGAUUUCCUACAAUGCAGCACAUCAAACACAAUGCAAAUUUAAGUAAAUCUAAAGUAAAAGUUUUUGAUCAUCCUUCUAGAGAAAAUAAUAUGAUAAUAACAAUUUUACCAAAAGAAUCACCAUCACUAGAAACAUUAGCAAGUGAUAUUUUAGGAAAAAUCGUUUACGCAAAAUGGCCUUAUCUUUUAGAAGCUCAUGUAAUAGGAAUAUCUACUGAAGAUCAAUCUUUUUCCUUAAUUGAUUCUACAAAAGGAUACAGCGGAGAUAAUUUAAAGAGAGAGGAUUUAAAAAAGGAUAAUCAUUGGAAUCAGCAAGUGAAAAGUGUUGCGACAAGUUACAAAAAUCGAUUCGGAAUUGACAUUGGAACUACAAAUGUUCUGAUUCAUGCGAAACCUAUUUGCGGCCGCAGAUACAUUUGUACUUCUCAAGGAAGGUUGUCUUUAGAAAAAGAAUGGAACAACUAUCCAACAGUUUACGCUUAUCAGACAAUCGUGAGAGAUAUUGAAGUAGAAGGUGAAGGAUUUAAAACGCACAUAAAUAUUACUGAUAUUUACACACCAAAAAGCAUUUGUUUCAUGCUUGGGCAUCCACAUUAUGGAGCUAUGGGUGAAGUUAUUGAACCAGGGGUUAAUUUGAAAACUGGUAGAGUUAAAGUAGCAAUGAAAGUCAUUCCCGAACCAAACUUAGAACCCUGUAAAUAUAAACAAAAUCAAUUGAAAAUGCAGUAUAUGUAUGGUAAUAUUGCAGCUCAACGUUUAGGAAUAAGUAGUCAUUUAUUAAGCAGAAUUACAGGGUCUAUUUUUGUGUUACCAAGACAAAAACAGGAACAAUCUGAACAAAAACAACAGAAUAUAGGACUAAAUCUUAAAUUUAAUAAAAAAAACGAAGAGCUGCCGGGAUAUACGAAAAAAAUUGAGGGACAAUGGUUAUAUGGUUCGAAGUCUAUUGGAUUAAUUCGCAGUUAUAUGGAACGAUUUCCACUGUUAUUCGAGUAUUUAGCCCAGAAUGUUAGUAAUGAUAUUUAUCAUGAAGAUGACAUUUUUCCAAAUACUCAGGAACUUACCGAAAUUACUAAAUGGCUUAAAGAACAACCUUACCGAAGCAUUGUUACUAGAAACUGUGAUGAAGAAGGUCUAGAUCCUGACGUUAUUACGAAGCUAGAAAAUAAAAUUAAUAAAUAUGUUAAUGAAGAGGAAAAUAAAUCAAAAACCAUUUUAAUGCAAGUAAAACCUCAUUUACUUUAUAAGCCUGGAAUUUGUAAUGGUAAUAUUCCACCUGACCCCCAGGCACAAUAUCAACUUUUCGAUAGAAUAAUAAACGUCAGAGAAGACUCGUGUGUCCCUCUCGGAUAUAAAGGCACAAUUGUGGGUAUCCAUGGUGUUAAUGGUGCAGAAAAAUCAUAUGACAUGUUAUUUGAUAAACCAUUCGUUGGAAAUAUCUCUUUUAAUAAUUCGUCAGAUUGUCGACGAUUGAAACUACUUGAAGCUGAGUUUAUUAAUAUCAGCCAUGGACUUAGAGCAGAACAGACUAUCUCUGAAAUUGAAGCAAGCCUAGGAACAUUUAUGAAAAAGAAAACAAAAUCUACAUCAGAAAAUAACAAUUCUAAUUCUAUGAAACCAAGCGCUUUUGCAUCUUUCAGUAAGCAUGAUAAUUUCUUGCCAGUUUUUUGUAAAAGUCAAACUCAACAACCUCAAGGACAAAGCCAAGUAAGAGUUAUGAAAAAGAAUGAACCACAAAGUUUUCCGAAUUCACCAAUUAAAAAAAAUAAUAAAAAUAAUAAUUCUUCAAUUCCUGUUAAUCCCGUAUUGAGCCAUGUACAAAAUAUUCCUGUCAUUCCUGUCAAUACUCAAAUCAACAAUAAACCCCAAGGAGAAAAUCCAAACCAGCCUACAGAGUUUCAAAUGUUGUGGAAUGAACUUCACAAAUCUGCGGUUCCAAGUGCUCCAAACAUUCCAAGUAGUGCUGAUGGAAGUAAUGUACCAUUUCAAUUACGACCUCAGAAGUCAAUGAGCUUUUCAGCCCGACCACCACUACCGACAACUCCACAAAUUCCCAUUCCAGUGCAAAAUCCGCCUCAAGAUCCCAGUGCUUUCUUAAAGGCGAUGUUGAAAAUAUCAGAUGACAAAUCAGACAACAAUACAUCCCAAUCAUCUGCAGGAGUUCAAGCUAAACCUUUUGUAUUCCCGUCAACUCCACCUGUGCCACAAUCCGCCCCAACCUUGGUACAACAAAUGUUUGACUAUGCAAGACAAGCAAACAAAGAGGAAAAAACCAACGUCCGUUACAGUAAACUUUUAUUAGACUAUUUUCAAAUGCAUGGAUUGACAACACCAAGAUUCUUCUAUACACGUGAAAAGAACCUUUUCCGUGCGCAAAUAAUUUUCCCAAACAUGAAGACUUUCUAUGGAGAAUUAUGCUCUGAUUUGGAAUUAGCGGCAGACAGCGUAGCAAUGAAAGCCUAUCAGGAAUUAAACUUAGUUAAGGCACCCAAGCCACAACUAUUUUAUGAAAUGCGUCCACCAAAUGUUUGGAAAAAUAUUCCACCACCUCCACAAGUGAAUAUUCAAUCUAUGAUGUCACCAAGACCAUUUCCAGAUCCACGAAUGCCUUCUGUGAGGCCACCGUCAAGUUGGAAUAAAGCUCCACAUCCACCUUUAUUACUUCAGCAAGUUCCAGGAUUUAUACAAAAUCCUCAAAUUCAAGUGAACUUUCAAGGAUCCUCUGGCUCAAUAGAGAAUAAAACAGAAUUUAAACCUCAACAGUCAACUUCAUUUGUACCUUUGCAAGCACAAAAAAAGGCACAAAAACCUAGAGAACCAUUUCCAAAUUUAAAAGAAAAAUCUAAAAAUGUUCAAUCACCGAAAAUUAAUUCUCUAAAAAUUGAGCAAGUUGAAAACCCACCUGUGCAGUUUAAUGAAAAUAAGACAAAAGUUAAUACUGCUGAAAAUCCUCCACCACAAAAAGUUCAAAAAGCCCCAAGACCAAGAAAGUCACGUGUGGCAGCUAAUUUUGGAGGUCCACCAUCCAACGGAAGUGAUGCCCAAUAGAUAUUAACUACUAAAUUCUCAGUGAUACGAAAAAAAUUGGAGAAAAUAAUAGCAGUUGAAUGUUUGUACUAUAAUUAUCGAAUGAAUUUACGUAAUUCUAAAAUAGGAAAAAAAUGUAAUUAAUUUAGUAGAAAAUUUUAUUUGAUUCU